UCUGAAUUCAAUUUGUUAAAUCACUGUUUCUAUCUGAUUUGUUAAUGUUUUUCCACUAUUUCAUUAAUUAUCGUAAUACUACAACAGUAAGGUGAUGUAGAGAAAAAUGGAGAGUGUACAGAAUUCAUGGUAGUCUUCAUCAUAAUAAGCAACAUGAAUAGCCAUUUGCUCAGGUUUGGAGUUGUUCUGAUCGGAUUCUUACAGCAUCGGCUAUGUUGGGCAGAUCUGAGCGAUCCUAGAGACUUCUAUCGGCAAUACGUUUCGGCCUGCGGAUUUGGAUACCUGUGCAACAAAGGUCUCGAAAAUUCAGCCAGUUUUGGAGACGUGCCGACAAAGAUUGGCCCCUGUCCGCCGUGUUCAUGCGACGAUGAAUGUUUCUCCCGAAACGACUGUUGUCCGGAUGUUUUGUAUGAAGACAACAUCUGGACUCAAUGCUGGUCGACCGACAUUUUCAACUUUCCAGGCCUCGAGUCUCAUAUGUAUCCUUUGAUUAAACAAUGUCCGACGGAAGCAGUUAAGGAAGACCAUUUACUUUGUUCUGAGUCGACCGACUUUUCGUUCCCUCCGAUUUACCGUUACAGAUACGUUCCUGUAAGUUCUAAUCGAACACGCUUUUCCUACAAAAACAUAUACUGUGCGCUAUGUAACGGAGAGGACGCACAUGAUCUUGAGAAAUGGGAAAUCUUAACGAGCAAAGAGGUUUGUUCCAAAACGUCAUACCUCCGUCAGAUAUCAUUUCCAUACGACGUGUUAGCAGAUUUCAGGGCCCCAAAAUUAUGUCCAGCAUGGCACGUACCAAAAUGGCCGACAAAAGUACCUAGGUGUGAAUCAUCAGAGAGGGUGCGAUUCACCAGGUGCAAUGUGACUGGCACAUGGCAGAGAAAGGCAUACAGUGUCGACAUAGAACGGGCCUGUUUGUCAGGCUAUGGACCAGUGUUUCGUUUGUACAGCAACAUUUUUUGUUUCAUAUGCAAUCCUCUCCGCAUAGAUGUAUUACUUUUACCGCUAUGUCGGAGAGACAUCAGGGAGACCAGCGCUGGAGCCCAGAUUGAGCAUCUGUGUAGUAAUUAUGAAUCGUCUGCUGUGACAUAUCCCUACAAGAACAUGUUCUGUUACCUUUGUAACUUGAUACCACUCGACGGUGUCCUCCAAAAAGGCUUCACUGUAUCGGAACAUCACGAAUUUCUUUACCAGGGUUCAAUAAUAUACACUUACCAGAAUGUAGCGUUAUCCCACACACAAGAUCUUUAUCAGCAAAUAAUACGACACAGCCGAAUUACUGAUGCAGAAAUUUCGGAUUAUGACCCCGAUUCGUUAAUUUUGAAUGGACGAGGUUUUAAUUUGUCUUCAGUUUUGUUGACGAAAAUUCUUUCCACACCGACAAAAAUCUGCAACAAAAACUUGCUACCGAAAAGUGUUCAGAAUAUUGUGUCUCAAGAUUGUAGCUGCGACCCCAGCUGCUUUUUCAAGAAUAAAUGUAGCUGUUGUGUAGAUGUUGCAUUGUCAUAUCCAUUAGGUUGUUUCGAUAAUUCAUUCGUUGUAACAAAUGGAUGCUACGGCAAUAAAACCAGAAACUUGCCUUAUUUUUCUACUAUAAAAUCUCUUUGUGAGGAUUUUCCUCAGCUUGAUAAAGUUCCAGUACACUCAGAUGGUAUAGAUUAUCAAAACCUCUUCUGUUUUCUGUGUAAUAGUAAUUAUGACAUUGUAAAUAACACCUUGCAGAUGUUCUCUAAAUACGUCAUGCGGGGGUUUAUGUUCAGAUGCCGGGACGUCAUUCCUAUUUCAUACAGCGUCAGUGUUGCUAAUUUAUUCAAGCAUGCACAAGACAGCAACUGUAUCAUCACCUUUGACAGUAAAACGCCACAAAGCAGAGCAUGCGCAACGCAGUACUUCUCUACUUGCGACGGUAUUCCAACGUCAAAUCCAGAUUUGAAUGAAAUAUGCCAUUUGACAUCAAAUGAUAACUUCCCAUCCUACGCUUACUAUAAAAACGAGUUUUGUUACCUAUGUUCCCGAGAGCAGUUCAUCGAAAACCCGAAAGAAAACUGCUCUGGAAAUAACGCUUCCAUAGAGUUAGAGGAAGCUUGCAGAGACCUGCCCCUCUCCUACUCGCCUAACGUGCAUCCAUACAAAAACUCGUUUUGCAAAAUGUGUGAUUCGAAUUGUUUAUCCGAUUGUGAUUUUGGCUUCGAGAACCGGGAUCUCGAUGAGUGUUUUGGAAAAGUGACCGCCAUUGGAAUUAUAGAUCCCCCGAGCCUACGCGGAAUAUUCGGAAUGUCAACCAGAGAAACUGAUGAUUCCAAACCUUUACAGAACCAUCAAGUGAAUGAAACUUUAUUUUUUGAUGAAGCCAAUAAUAUCUACAGACCAAUUUCAUGUUACCCUGGUCGCUUUCUAAACAAUGGAUCUUGUGUCUUACCCUCAAAGAAGAACAAGGCGGGGGAGUAUGCGAUCUUUGCAGAAUCAACAGGAAAAGUCUCCGGUGACCUCGGGAAUGGAUGGAAUAUUUUAAAUGCAUUGAAGAAAAUUUUCAUAAAAGAACUGUCAGUUUUUGAGAGAAGAGAAUUCUACACUCUUCGAGUCUUAAAAAUGUUUGAAAAUAUUUCAUGUGUUGAUGACCUUCCUAACAAUGUUUGGACGGGCUUUCGUAUCUCAACGAAAAUUGUUGUUUCCCCAGGAGAUGUCAUUUUCACUGACAUUAGUCUUUUGGAGAACAAAUUGUUUCAGAUUGUUGACAUUAUCCAAAGCAAGAGCCGCAUCAUCUUCCGAAAUUUCUACAUUGAGAACAUGACAACAAAUGAAAUUAAUAUUUUCAAAUACAUGAAAUCUAAUAUUGAUUUUAGCAUGGUCUCAACAAACCAUUGCAAAUACAGUCUUGAAAAUACCAGACUAUCUAUACACUCACCUGUCACUGUUUUAGCCAACAUCCUAAAAUGUAAACACAUACAAUUUGGACCAGAAGAAUACAUUAUGGACUCUUCUGGAAUAGCAACUGUCCUGUCGCCCGCCGUAAAGUUACUUCCAGGUGAAUAUGUGACUCUAGCUUCGAAUUCCAUCAGUUUUUGCAUCGAUGUAUAUUUGGCCAGCUAUAACCCAGGAACAUUUGGGAAACUCUCCAAAAAGGAUGAAAUCCUAAGAUGGGUGACCCUCAGUACUUCUCUUUUGUCCCUUAUUUGUUUAUUCAUGACUUUUAUAGUAUACUGUACAGUCUCUAGCUUGCGAACUCUACCUGGUAAAAAUUUGAUGGUCUUAGUUUUAAACCUUUUUCUUGCCCAGUUUUUCUUCAUCAUGGGAAAUAACAUGACAGAAAACAACUUGGUUUGUGUGGUGCUUGGAAUAUUGCAACAUUUUUUGUGGUUGUCCAUGCUUUGUUCCUUUACUGUUUAUUCUUUCCACACGUUUAAAGUAUUUCAUACAUUGAAUUCAAGACCGACCUUCACAGCACAGCUAUUCCGAAAGUACCUUGCCAUUACGUAUCUUAUUCCAACUAUUGUUGUGGCAAUUACAAUCACUAUAUCUUUUAUCUAUUUCGGCAACAGUGGUUAUGGAAAAGAGGUUUGCUUUCUCUCAAACUUAAACUUUCGAAUUGGCGUUUUCCUGGUUCCCAUCAUCCUCUCUGUCAUUGUAAACCUUUGUCUUCUUCUGUGGACAAUGGGAAAGAUUGUUUCCACAAAACAGAUCAAAUCUUCAACUCAUGAAAGAAGCAAUUUCACCAUAUUCUUAAAGCUCUUUGCUCUAAGUGGUGGACUGUGGGGAUUACAAAUUAUUGAUGGCUUCUUCAACAUUUCAGUUUUUUCCUAUCUGAUAUCCAUUCUUAACUGUCUACAAGGGGUGUUUAUUUUCGUAAGUUUUGUCCUUAAUGAGAGAACCAUUCAGUUGAUAGUAAGUUUCAAGAAACAAGAAGGACUUGGAGAAGAGUCGGCAACAAACAACCAUACUGGGGAUGAAAGACAACAAAACACAGAUUCCACUCAGACUACCCGUAUAUAGCGAUGUAAGUUGCAGCAUAGAGAAUGCCGGUUCAUUGCAUUGAUACAACAUUUAUCUAAAAAUGUCCACCUGAUUUUUUUUUUGGAGCGUUGUAUUUAGCACUUCAUACAUUGUGGCCUGGUAUUGACAAAAUCAAGGAUUUUGGUAUACUGUUUUGAAUUUAAUUUGCCUAGAGGUAAAAUAAUAUAAGACAAUUGAUCUUAAGAAGGCUUACUAGACAUAAGUAUAUCAAAACUGCAGAUAGAUGCUAUGAAUACAAUAGGGUAAUGCCUUUUAGUACAUUGUUAUUAUUGAGGAAAAUAUAAUUCCUUUAUAAACCUUGUUAAGUUGCUUUAAAAUUUACCACUUAGUGAAUCACAUUUUGUGUAUUGCUUAUUUUUCAAGGUUAACCUUUUUAUAUAUAUAGAAAGUUGUAUUUUGUUUGCUUACAAUUAAACAGACAUAACUUUACAUUUUCUUUACUGUUUAUAUUGGAAAAUCCUGCUCUAUAAAUAGUGUUAAAUCAGAACAGUUCAGGAAAGUAGUACGGCAAAAAUUUAUUGAUGCAUGUAUCAAAGAAAUUUUUGACUAAUCAAAAGCGCCAAUAUCUUAUCAAGCAAUCAAAUAUUAGAUUACAUACAUCAUACUUUAGAAACUCAUUAGAAUUUUUUUCAAUAAUUUUUUGCAGAUACAGAGCCAUUUAGUCUUAUUUGGGUACAUGGAAUUCCCUCACUACGCUAUGGUAGACGGACGAUGGCAACCAUCUGCCUUAUAUGGAAAUUUAUUUUGACUGCAGUUGUACAGUGGUUAAAUAUUCUAAAAACAGAGUAUCCAGAUGAACCCAGUCUAACUUUACCUUUUAUUGGUGUAAUUUGACGAGCUGAAAAUUGCAUUUUGAAGUGCUGGUAAUAAACAAAAAAAAAUUGCA